AUGCGGGAUGCGGAGGAAUUCUGGUUCUUCGAUCCCACUGUCAACGAUCCGAAUGACACAUUGCCAUUCCCGCUCAAACAACAAUCACGAGGAUUUCACGUAUUUUGGUGGUUUGGCAAGCUCGCCAACGGCACAAGAAUAGCUCCUGGGAACUACACAAUGCGUUUCGCAGCUCUUCGGCCUUACGGAAAUCCACACAUCUCCGAUCACUGGGAUGUCAUGAACAGCCCUACAGCCAGCAGCAUCCAGGUGCUGCCGUACAAUGGUACACGCAACUCGACAUUGAAGUACAGAGCACCCAAGUACCAGACGCCGAGUCUUGGAAAGGGGCUCAUAAAAGGUUAA